CUGUCAGCAGAGCUAUCAAACCUUUUGCAGAGCCAGGACGCCCACCUGACUGGUUUUCCCAGAAGCACUGUGCAUCUCAGUAUUCAGAGCUCUUGGAGACUACGGAGACCCCCAAGAGAAAACGUGGUGAGAAGGGAGAAGUUGUGGAAACUGUGGAAGAUGUUAUUGUGCGGAAACUGACUGCAGAACGAGUUGAGGAACUGAAGAAAAUUAUUAAAGAAACACAGGAGAAAUACAGGCAACUCAAGAAAGAUGCAGAACUGAUCCAGGCCGGUCACAUGGAUGACAGACUGGAGGAGCUGUGCAAUGAGAUUAUGAUAAAGAAAAAAAUGGAGGAGGAGGAGGCAGAAGUCAAGAGAAAGGCUACAGAUGCUGCUUAUCAGGCCCGUCAGGCCAUUAAGAACCCGCCACGACGCCUGACGGGUGUGAUGGUUCGCUCCCCUGCAGGCUCAACCUCCCCUGGGGGAGACUAUGCUCUGGGAGAUCUGUCACAGCCCGCUGUGGAUGAGGCCAGUCCAGGGGUCACUCCAGGGACAUUGCCCAGCACCCCAGUUGCCUCCUUCAUUGGAAUCCCUGACACCCCUCCAGGCUCUGCUCCCCUGGAUGCCCCCAUGACCCCAGUCACUGAUGAUUCACCCCAGAAAAAGAUGCUAGGACAAAAAGCAACUCCUCCUCCUUCCCCUCUGCUCUCAGAGCUGCUGAAGAAGGGCAGUCUCCUGCCCACAAGCCCCAGGCUGGUCGGUGAAAAUGAAAUGGCAGUGGCUUCUGGUCACAUGAACAGCUCAGGAGUCCUGCUGGAGGUAGGAAGUGUCCUUCCAGUGCUGCACAGUGGGGAAAUGCAGUCGGCACCUGGUGCUGUCCCUGCAUCUCCUGCUGCUUCAGAGCCUGUGUCCCAGGCAACCAUUGUCAUGAUGCCCACGCUGUCAGCACCAUCCGUUGUGCCACCAGCUGCAGCUCCAGAAAGCGUAGCCACAGUGAGCCAGCCAGAAGCCUGUGUUUCCAUAGAGGCAGUAUCUGAUUCCCAUACUGUGACAGUGUCCAUGGACAGCAGUGAAAUAUCCAUGAUCAUUGAUUCCAUCAAGAAAGAAUGCCUGGGUUCUGGGGCUGGCAGCACUGCAGGGUCUUCCAAAGAUCACUGCAUGGACGGGAAAGAAGACCUGGAUUUAGCUGAGAAAAUGGAUAUCGCAGUGUCCUAUACAGGGGAAGAGCUGGACUUCGAUACCGUUGGAAAUAUUAUAGCCAUCAUUGAGGACAAGGUAGAUGACCACCCUGAAGUCCUGGAUGCAGCAGUUGUUGAAGCAGCUCUGUCUUCUUUCUGUGAAGAUACCGAUGACCCUCAGACCCUGCCUGGCCCGUGGGAGCACUCAAUUCGUCAGGAGCAUGAGAAACAGGCCCAGAUACCCCAAGUGUCUGUGACUGUGAAGCAGGAAAGACUGGAGUGUGAGGAACCAGAGGCAAAGGGAAUUCGAGACCUAAUGGGCAUUGGCGAGCUGGGAUCAGAAAUAAAGACAGAACCUGCAGAGCAGGAACAGAGUCAGCUGGACCCUGAGGAAACCAUACCAGCAACUGCACGAGUGACAGAAACACCAGAGCUUAGAAGUCAAGAGAUAGAAGAGGAUCAAAGAGCAACUGUAGCAGCAGGAGAGACUUCUGAAAUCGAGAUAGAAUCGUCCAAGGGAGAAGAUGCAGUGCACAAUACAGUGAAGACAGAGACCCCACCUGAUGAUGAUUCAUCCCCUCCACAAGUCCCAAAUGUGAGUGAAGACUCCUCACAGGCUGAUGUUCAGCACAAAUUUGAGCUGUCAGAGUCAAUGAAGGAGGAGGCCCAAGCCCUGUUUAGGAGUCAGAUGAAGGAUGGGCAGGGAGAAGAGGAUGAUGAGGAUGGUGCCAGUGAGGCUGCCAGUUUGGAGGAACCCAAAGAAGAAGACCAGGGUGAGGGGUAUCUGUCAGAGAUGGAUAACGAACCCCCAGUGAGCGAGAGCGAUGACGGCUUCAGUGUCCACAACGCGCCGUUACAGUCUCACGCGCUGGCUGACUCCAUCCCCAGCAGCCCAGCCUCCUCCCAGUUCUCAGUGUGCAGCGAGGACCAGGAAGCAAUACAGGCCCAGAAGAUCUGGAAGAAAGCUAUCAUGCUGGUUUGGAGAGCAGCAGCUAAUCACAGGUAUGCCAAUGUCUUCCUUCAGCCUGUAACUGAUGAUAUAGCACCAGGCUACCACAGUAUUGUGCAGAGGCCAAUGGAUUUAUCUACCAUCAAAAAGAACAUUGAGAACGGGCUGAUACGAACCACGGCUGAGUUCCAGCGCGAUAUUAUGCUGAUGUUUCAAAACGCAGUUAUGUACAACAGCUCUGACCAUGAUGUGUACCACAUGGCUGUGGAGAUGCAGCGAGAUGUCCUGGAGCAGAUCCAGCAAUUUCUGGCCACACAACUGAUCAUGCAAACAUCGGAGUCAGGGAUCAGUGCAAAGAGCCUUCGUGGGCGAGACUCCACUCGCAAGCAGGAUGCUUCAGAGAAGGAUGGAGGCACCAGAGGGCGUCGCUGUGCCAUUGAGGCAGACAUGAAGAUGAAGAAAUGAUGCUGCAGGCAGACAGAAAACCCAAUCCAGAGCUGGAGUGCAAGCAAGAUACUGGUAACAGCUGUUGGAGGAGGAAGAAAAGCUUCAGGUCCAUUUCUGGGACCUGUUCCACCUUCUUCACUUGCCCCUCUGGAAAGCAGUGUCUCAUUGGAAUGUGUAACCCAAAGAAACUUCCCUGGACGGGAAGACUAGCCCCCCUGCCUGUUUUAGGGCAGUCGUCUUGGGCUUCAUCAGUGUUCUGGUGUUAGCUAGCAACUGGUGGCUCGUAUGUACUGUAAUGUGAAGUGUACAGAUUUUUACUAGUGACGUGUAAAUGUGUAUGUAUAUUAAAAUUGGG